AUGGGCAGAGGCGAGACAAACGCAAAGGCAAGCUUUCCAAGCUAUACUAAAAAGCGGAAACGCCAAUCCGAGGCAAAAGCCAACCCUCUCAAUGCUCCUGCGAUCCCCUCCUCCACAGCCGAAAUCGACACGACCAAACCGACCGCCAUCUUCAAGCCCACGUCAGGCAGAGACUGGACCGUCAGCGUCGCAUUACCCGGCAGCAUAAUCGCCAAUGCCCAAACCCACGACCAGCGCACCUCCCUCGCCGGCCACAUCGCCCGCGCCCUCGCCGUCUUUUGCAUAGAUGAAAUAGCCAUCUUCUCCGACGGCCACGGCCUCAACAAGUCCAACAAGCGCCAUCACAACCGUACCCACUCGUUCGCGCAUCAGGCCGACCCAGCGCAGGACGAGUACACAGGAACCUCAGACCCCGACCAUUUCCUCGUCCACCUCCUCAGCUACCUCGAAACGCCCCCGCAUCUGCGCAAACACUUGUUCCCGCUACACGGUAAUCUGAGGACGGCGGGGACACUGUCAAGUCUGGAUCUGCCGCACCAUUUGCGGAGCGAUGAGUGGUGUCCGUAUCGAGAGGGCGUGACGCUGCCGGGAGCUGAUGAGCAUGGCACGUAUGUGGAAGCUGGGCUGAGGAUCCCGGUUACGGUCAAGGAGCAGAUUCCGGAGAAGACGAGGGUUACGUUGAAGUUUUCUGAGGGCGCGGAGGCGGCGAAUAAGGAUCUGAAUGCACCUACGAUUGAUGCGGAACCUGUGAAUCCUAAUGAUCCCCGCGAGGAAGCGGGAUAUUAUUGGGGAUUUAAUGUUAGGAAAGCCGGGAGUCUGAGUGAUGUUUUCACAGAGUGCCCGUAUGAAGGGGGAUACGACGUUACGAUUGGAUUGUCUGAGAGAGGAAUUGAUGUUGAGAAGCUGUAUUCUGGGAGUGAGGGGCAGAAAUUGGGGAAGUUCAAACACUUGCUCAUUGUACUGGGGGGAGUAGCGGGGCUGGAAGUCGCAGUGAAGAAUGAUAAGGAGUUGCAAAAGUUGGGGGUGAUGAAGGCGGAAGAUGUAUUUGAUCGCUGGGUCAAUGUUUGUCCGAAUCAAGGAAGCAGGACGAUUAGGACGGAAGAGGCUGUUUGGAUAGGGUUGAUGGGAUUGAGGCGGUUGGUGGUUGGGAAUAGUGAUGCCUGA